AUGUACAACUCUACCGGUAAGAUUCGCGCUUUUCGCAACCAAAUCAUGGGUUGCGGAAGCUCCACCCCUGUCGACCCAGAUGAGAGGGUAGCAGUGAGGCAAACCGCUGUAAUCGAUAAGAUGAUCCGGAUGGACAAAAAGGUUCAAGAUCGGACAGUGAAGAUUCUCCUUCUUGGCGCUGGUGAAUCCGGCAAGUCAACCAUUAUUAAGCAAAUGCGAAUUAUCCACUCAGGCGGCUUCCCAGAAGACGAACGACGACAAAAUCGGGCUGUCAUUUACUCUAACAUGGUGGUUGCGUUCAAACCUCUCGCCGAGCUAUUGAGUACGACAGAUCCGGAUGUAGAUUCGGACGAGGCUUUCAGUGACCUCAGCAUCAAGGGUGCUAUGCAAAAAUUGUGGCUAGAUAAAGGUGUACAAAAAGCCGUUUCCCGAGGUCACGAAUUUGCACUCCAUGAUAAUCUUCAAUACUAUUUCAAAUCUCUCGAGCGCGUGUUUACCCCUGGGUGGCUACCCAAUAACCAAGACAUGCUCCAUUCCCGACUCCGAACUACCGGUAUCACAGAAACUUUAUUUGAAUUGGGCCAAAUAAAUUUCCGAAUGAUGGACGUUGGAGGUCAACGAUCAGAACGGAAAAAGUGGAUUCAUUGCUUCGAGGGAGUGCAAUGUCUUUUAUUCAUGGUUGCUAUGUCAGGUUAUGACCAGUGUCUUGUUGAAGAUCAGAAUGCGAAUCAAAUGCACGAGGCGAUGAUGCUUUUCGAAUCCUUGGUAAACGGGGAGUGGUUCAAACGGAAGCCGGUGAUCUUGUUUCUCAACAAAAUAGAUCUCUUCAAGGAAAAGAUCGCUAUAUCUCCAGUCUCCAAACACUUCCCAGAUUAUCAAGGCCCGGAAGGCAGUUUUGAACCGGCCGUCAAAUUCUUUGCACAACGCUUCCGCGGUAUCACUCGAGUCCCCGAACGGGAAAUCUACAUCCACCAGACGAACGCAACGGACACCAACCUCCUAAAAGCCACAAUGGAUUCAGUACAAGACAUGAUUAUCCAGAAGAACCUUAACAACCUGAUUCUGUAG